AUGGCGGUCUCUGUUGGAUAUAGCCCCAGACGAAAAAUGCUUGAUGCAGAUUCUCUUUUUGAGAGACUGCUUCGUGAGGCUGCCAACUUAGUUCCAAAAAUGAGUACUCCGAAACUAACGUAUGCACUUAAAGUAACUUCUUCGCUGCAGCAAAAAAUAACAGAUACAGUUGCAUCAAGGUUACCUCAGGAAAAGACUAAUGAACAGUUAAGCGAUUCCAGUCGACAGCAAAUUCAUUUGGAAAAUGUAUUUUCUCAAGGUGUACUCCAUGAAACAUCAUUAAUAACAUCAGAUUCUGACCAGAUUCGUCGUGCUGCCCUGAAUCAACUGGAUGGUAGUUAUGGCGGAAUUACUAUUUUCCCGCAACUUAAUCACAUCUCCAAUAACACAAAAGAAACUAAUGACAGUGGUUUAACAUCUGAAGUUUCUUCAAUCAACUAUCCAACAGGAACAUUAUUUUCUCCUAUGAAUACAAUGACUGCUGUGAUGUCUACUGGUACUGGUAUGGGUGGGUGUGGUGCACUUUUGGUUCCUCUUGUGACUGGAAGUCAUGGUACAACUCUCUUAUCAUCUAAUAUGACUCCCGUUUCAUCACAACUCUCUAUGGUACCUGACUCUUCUGUUUUGGUAAACACGAAUACCACCCCGAUGACAAGCACGUCAGUUAAUUUUAUCCCUUCUAGCAGUGGAUCUGUUUCCAACUCUAAUUCCUCAGUUCACAGCAGCAAUUCAAAAUUAGAUGCUAAAAUCCCAACCUCCAGUUCAGAGCCAAACGGUCAGUUACGGGGUUCUAAGGAGGUGAUUGAAAUGAAACCAGAACCCCUUGACUGCUAUGGAAGAGUUACCACAGGUACAACAGAAGAUCUUAUGACUUCAGGAACUCAAAAUGAAAUGACAACAAUUAGUUUUCCCCAAUUAACUUCAAUCGCAUCUUUUGCUCAACCGUCUGCCGCAAUAACUAUGAGCGGGUCUGUUUCUACGCCGUCAGUUCAAGCCUCACGACUUAGCGGAAUAACGACUACAAAUUCUACAGAUGGAAACAACACUGCAUCAUCCGACACUCCUCCGAAUUCAACUUCUAAAGGAUCUGCCGGUUCUGGACCUUAUCGUUGUAGAGAGUGUGAUAAAGAAUUUCGAAUAUUACGUUAUCUAGAAAAGCACAGACGCAUACACACUGGUGAGAAACCGUAUCAGUGUUGCUAUUGUGGUCGACAGUUCAACGACUGGCCAAAUAUGAAUAGACACAAACGGAUUCACACAGGUGAAAGACCUUAUCGUUGUACGGUAUGCACAAAGACAUUUUCACAACCUGCGGUUUACAAUGAACAUGUAAAGCGACAUACUGGUGAACGACCUUAUAUAUGCACAGUAUGCGCAAAAGGAUUCCCUCGAGCUGCUCGUCUCGCUGUUCAUAUGCGUGUGCACACAGGUGAACGACCGUAUCCAUGCACUUCAUGUGACCGAAGAUUCAGUCAACCUCAUCAUCUGGCUGCUCAUCUUCGCGUUCACAGCGGUGAUAGACCAUACUCUUGCCCGAAGUGUGAUGUCAGUUUUGCAUGCAUAUCCAACUUACGUCGUCAUCGGAAACAAGUACAUCCUACUAGUCCUGCUCCAUCUGAAAAUGCAAAUGGUAAUGAAGUGAAAAGCAGUAAUGAAGAUAAAAAGCCAUCCCUUCAAAUUAUUACUUCUAGUGUUGCUGAUAGCAUUAGUUCUUCUUCUGUUGUUACUAUGGAAACACCAUCUUAUAUGGCUUCAUCGUCAACUUUGUCAACUGAUACUCCAGUCGCUAUUGCUGCUGCUAUGUCAGGAACAGUGUUAACAGCGACUGGUGCUUUGGUUCCAGCAAAUUUCUUACCUGCAUCUUCAAUACCUGGCUUGAUAUUAACUUCAGCUGCACCUGGUGGUGCAUUAAUAGCUGCACCAGCACACCUAACCGAACAACAUUCACAUCUUCAUCCCACUAUUAUUGCUCAUAACUCAGGUGAUGGAAAUGCUACGGCUCUGUUGACAACUUCUUUAUCUGGUGGUCUUUGUUCUAUCGCCCAACCCUCUGCAUCAUUGUCAUCUUCAUCGAGUGCAUUGGGUAUUCAGUCAGACACACUUGUGAAGGCUAGUUCUUCUCCAACAAUGUCAUUUAUGUUUCCAACAGUUCUUACGUCAACUUCACACGGUGAUGCACUUAGACAAACGUCAGUUGCUUUUCUUACACCAACAGGUGAAAUAGAUAGAUCAUGUACUGCAACUUUAGCUACUGCUGGACCAGAUGGAGGAUUUAUUUUAAAUCCUGUUGGUGGAGAUACUGUUUACUUGGAACCGUUGGAUCCUAGGUUAACUCUUGAGCCUGGCCAACAGUUUACACUCACGACAAUUCCAACCUCCCAUCCACAUGGUUCCACAACUAUCAUUAAUCCGCAUCACUCAGCAGCACAAUUAAUGGGACAUCAAGUUCAUUUACAGUCGGGGCAAGCAACGCAUAUUGCUUUUACGACAAAUCUACCGACUCAUGGUCAGCAGACAUCACAGCUAUUAUCUCCUAAUUCCUCUAUAUUCUCAUCAAAUACAGCAUCGAAUCAGGCAGCACUUCAUAGUGGUCACUCGUCAACAACAGUGAUUUUCCCUCCUCCUGCUUCUGUUCCUCAUUCAAGUUUACCUAGUCAACAACAAUCCGUACUGCAGUCUCCUACCGAAGCAACUGCUCCUUCCCAGCUUUUACAUUAUCAUAGACCGGUGUGUACUACAGGCGUUUUACCAGGUCGUCCAUCGUCUACUCCUACGCAACAGCAGACAGCAAUGCUUGUACCAAUAGUUCACACUCCUCCUGUUAGUGGAACAUCCAGUCAACCGAUCUCCACAUCAGAAGCAAAUGAUUCUAUAAACUCAAAUCCUGUAACAUCAACUUGGCCUGUUAGUGGCACAUUUCUAACAUUUGCCUCAUCACAUCUUUGUCCUGUUGCCUCUACCACUGUCUUAGAAGAUCAUACAGAUUCUUGUAAUCUUGCAAACUCUCGUCCAUCCUCUGUCUUGUCUAAUUCAUCAUCUCUCGGUGCUAUCACAGCCGUAUCAGUACCAGAAACAAGCUUGUAA